AAAGCUGCUUCUUUCUUCAAUCCUCACUCCUCAGUUCGUCAAUGGUGACUGCUCUCUUUGUCAACCAAUCACAAAAUUUAGAAUUUUCAAUGCCUCGAUCCUCCAAUAAAGUUAUGGUUUUUUCCUUAAAAAAUAAACACCAGUACUAAUAGUAUAUACUAUACUGUGUCUUCAUCAUAUAUAUACACUUAGAGAGAGAGAGAGAGAUUCUAACCAGAAAGUUUCUUCCUUUCAAUACCUAGUUAGACUCUGUGUCAGAGAACCCCAUAAUCAUGAAGAAAGGAAACUUGGGGCCUGGUCUCAAACUCUCAGUUCCUGUGUCUGAUCAAUCUAAUUUUGCCAAGUUCCUGACUGAAAGUGGGACUUUUAAGGAUGGGGAUCUGCUUGUCAACAGGGAUGGAGUGAGAAUUGUCACUGAGAAUGAUGUCGAAGCUCCACCUCCAAUCAAGCCUUCAGACGACCAGUUAAGUUUGGCAGACAUAGAUGUGAUCAAAGUUGUUGGAAAGGGAAAUGGAGGGGUAGUCCAAUUGGUGCAACACAAAUGGACAAGUCAGUUUUUCGCAUUGAAGGUAAUUCAAAUGAAUAUUGAGGAGUCCAUGCGCAAGCAGAUUGCACAAGAGCUGAAAAUUAAUCAACAAGCACAAUGUCCAUAUGUUGUUGUCUGCUACCAAUCAUUCUAUGAAAACGGUGUCAUAUCAAUCAUCUUAGAAUACAUGGAUGGAGGUUCCUUAGCUGAUCUUCUGAAGAAAGUUAAAACAAUUCCAGAGCCUUUUCUUGCUGCCAUCUGUAAACAGGUGCUGAAGGGUUUAAUCUAUCUUCACCAUGAAAAGCACAUUAUCCACAGAGACUUAAAACCUUCUAAUUUGUUGAUAAAUCACAUAGGUGAAGUAAAGAUUACUGACUUUGGUGUGAGUGCAAUUAUGGAAAGUACAUCUGGUCAAGCAAAUACUUUCAUUGGCACAUACAACUAUAUGUCUCCAGAGAGAAUCAACGGAAGCCAGCGAGGCUACAACUACAAAAGUGAUAUAUGGAGUCUGGGACUAAUACUGCUCGAGUGUGCGUUGGGGCGGUUUCCAUAUACACCGCCUGAUCAAAGUGAUAGAUGGGAGAGCAUUUUUGAGCUUAUUGAAACCAUUGUCGAUAAACCUCCUCCUAGUCCUCCAUCGGAACAAUUUUCUCCAGAAUUUUGCACAUUUAUCUCAGCAUGUCUACAGAAAGAUCCAAAGGAUCGAUUGUCAGCUCAGGAGUUAAUGGGAGAUCCUUUUAUCAACAAGUACGAUGACUCUGCGGUGGAUCUUUCAUCUUACUUCUCCAAUGCAGGAUCUCCUCUUGCAACCUUAUAAAAGUUUCUUAAUUCUUCUUCUAUUGUAGAGCACUGCUUGCAUAUGACGAGCGUUUGGAGAUGAGUUGAAGAACCAGAUCCUAGAGUUACACCAAAGAUUCUGUAUUUAGUUGUUGAGUGAUUUUUGAGUUCAAGAAUUUGUUGAGAAACUCAGAUGCAAGGGUCAAGGAAUUGCAAUAGUUGGCAUUUAAAGAAUUUUAAUGGUGAAAAUUGAGUAUCUGGGGCUACUUGCAACAAAAUGUUUGAAAUUUUAUUAUUGCAAAAAAUGUAUCACCAGGAUUUUCUUAAAUUGCUGAUAAUAUCAUCUGACGUACAGUUUUUUAUCAGGUAAUGUUUAGUGAGGCUGCCCCAAAUAAACGUAAAAAUUUAUGCGAGUCACGCUAGUUGAACAGUCCCAAAUCAUGUAAUACUUUUUUUUCGAUUAAAGCUUGUCAAAUUGCCUUAUU